GCCCUGAGCCCCCCCCGCCGCUCCCCCACGCCCCGCCGUCGGGCCGGGCCGGGGGGGCCCUCCCCGAGCCCCGCCGGACGCAGUUAUUGUUGAAAAUCCGCUUUUAAGAGCGGCACCGUCAGAAGGGAGCGACCGCUUGCUUUCGGCUCGGAAAAGGUACCGAGGCCCCCUGGAAAGCCUCGCCGUCUGCAGCGUAUCGGCCGCUCGAGAGACGGAGGGGAAAACAAACGGCGUUGCUGCUGCUCGUGUGUGCUCGCGCUCUGCAGAUCACGUUGCUUUUCCUUUUUGAGGAGGCGAUUCAUCUCCACAAAUUAUCGCUUUUUUUAAUUGUUCUCUGCAGCAAGCGCUCCGUUUCCGACCCUAUCAACUGCCAAUUAGAGGCAACUCUAAACAGCAAAACUCCUGUUUCUAAAAUUGGGCUCAUUUUGUUUCUUAAACAGCCAGUGUAAUUGACAAAUAAAAGCCAUUUGAAUGUAUAAAAUGUUCAUUAUCUCCGUGGGGGGCCGAGCAGCAAAAUGUAAGGCAGAUUUCCCUUUUAUUUUGGUGUGGUCGCUGGAAAUGCUGUCGCGAGGCUGCUCGGCAGCGCGUGGCGCGUUAGCGUUCGGUCUCGUUGCCCGAAACCCCGACGACGUCCCAUUGAUAAAAUGAAGCCGAGCGCUUGGGCUACGCGCGUCCCGCGCUCGAGGCUUCAGCUCCCCGCUGCCACGGCGGGCACAAGCGUGCCGGUUCCCAGCAGCGGCCCCUCACCGGAGUGGGAGAAGCAAAUUGCUGGCACACCUUGCUGCCCGGGGCUGUGGCAGUGGCCGUCUGUCUGUCCGGAGUGGAGACGCUCCAGCUCUCGGCCGUCCCAGGGGAGCUGCAGCUCCUCUUGUCGCGCCUCUGCCCGCUCCGAGUGUCCCAGGGUUUGGCUGUAAGAGCUGACGCCGUUUCCCGUGUGCGCCGCAGAGCUGCGGUGGCGGUGGUCGGCGUGCGGGGGGAUGAAACCCCCCGUGUUUACCGCGGCUUCCGUCCGCAGCUUCGCUGCCGGGACCACCGCCUGCUGCUGGCGUCGGCGGCCGCUUUCCUCCUGGGAAGUGCUGCUCGGACGGGGAGGGACAGUGUAGCCCGCUGGGGUUGAUGGCGAAGUCGGUGUUGACGGUGUUAAGCCCAGGGCUGCAACACAGCGUUAAAGGAACGUGGGCAAAGUACCUUAAAGAUGGACAUAGAAGACUGUAAUGGACGAUCUUACAUAUCUGGAAUCUGCUCUUCCUGGAAGGUGAGUGGCUGCGUGCGCCCUGCCAGCGACGCAGACAUGCACACGCAGCCUGGGCUCCAGCGCUGUUUCCAAGGAGUUGGCUGUGAUAACACUCCAGGGUAUCUCCAGCAAGGUAGUGGGGAUUCCUCUCUGGAGAAGGAGUUCAGCUCGGCGAUCGUGGGACCCACGGUGAGCACACCCAACAGCCAGCACUCCUCCCCGAGCCGCUCUCUCAGUGCAAACUCUAUCAAGGUGGAGAUGUACAGCGAUGAGGAAGCCAGCCGGCUGCUCUCACAGGAUGACCGGAUGCUCGAGAAGGAGGACAGCGUGAUCGUGGAGGACUCGCUCUCGGAGCCCCUGGGCUACUGCGACGGGACGGGCCAGGAGCCGCACUCCCCCGGGGGCAUUCGGCUGCCCAACGGCAAGCUGAAAUGCGACAUCUGCGGGAUGGUGUGCAUCGGCCCCAACGUGCUGAUGGUGCACAAGCGCAGCCACACGGGAGAAAGGCCCUUCCACUGCAACCAGUGCGGAGCCUCCUUCACCCAGAAGGGAAACCUCCUACGUCACAUCAAGCUGCACUCCGGCGAGAAGCCCUUCAAGUGCCCCUUCUGCAACUACGCCUGCCGCAGGAGGGAUGCGCUCACUGGCCACCUGCGAACACACUCCGUCUCCUCCCCCACCGUCGGCAAGCCCUACAAGUGCAACUACUGCGGCCGGAGCUACAAGCAGCAGAGCACGCUGGAGGAGCACAAGGAGCGGUGCCACAACUACCUGCAGAGUCUGAACACUGAACCGCAGUCGCUGGCCAGCCAGCAAGGUGACGAGAUGCGAGACCUGGAGAUAGUGCCGGACUCUCUGCUUCACCCCUCGUCCGAUCGGCCGACGUUUAUUGACCGGCUGGCGAACAGCCUCACCAAACGGAAGCGAUCGACACCUCAGAAAUUUGUGGGGGAGAAGCAGAUGCGAUUCACCCUCUCGGACCUCCCCUUCGACGUGAACUCCGGCUUCGAGAAGGAUGUGGAGAUGGUCUCGGCCCACCACCCCCUCGACCCCUCCUACGGCGGCUCCCUCUCCCUGAUGGGGGGGGAGCAUCUUCGCCCCCUCCGGCUGCCCCCCACAAACUGCAUCUCAGAAGUCACCCCCGUCAUCAGCUCCGUCUACACCCAGAUCCAGCCCCUGCCAGGUCGGCUGGAGAUGCCGGGGAGCCGGGAAGCUGCCGAGGGGCACGAGGACGUGCCGGACGGGGUGCAGGUGGUGUACCGGGGCCGGGAGCCGGGCGUAUCGCCCACCAACGGCUGCCAGGACUCGACGGACACGGAGAGCAACCACGAAGAGCGGAGCUCGCAGCUGCCGGCAGGGAACUGUGCCAGCAGCCGCCAGAGCCCAGCCUACGCCAAAGAGGACCCCAAGCUGCCGGAGGGACCCCCGGCCGCCCGCUCCACGCCCAGCUCCGCCAAAGAAGCCCUGCGGGUGGUCAACGAGGACGGGGAGCAGAUCAGGGCCUUCAAGUGCGAGCACUGCCGCAUCCUUUUCCUGGACCACGUCAUGUUCACCAUCCACAUGGGCUGCCACGGCUUCAGAGACCCUUUCGAAUGCAACAUCUGUGGCUACCACAGCCAGGACCGGUACGAGUUCUCCUCCCACAUAGUGCGGGGCGAGCAUAAAGUCGGCUAAAACCCCCCCCCCUCCUCUCCCCGUGCCCCCCAGCCCGCCCUCGACUCUUCCUCUGUCUCUAGCUCAGCCCCUCCACCCCUAGGGCAUGGAACUGUUGGUUUUUCUUUUAUACUCCUUUGCACUGACUUUGGCUACAAAAAUAUUUAAAAAAAAAAAAUCAAUAACUAAAAAAAAAAAAACCAACCCCGACGAGGGGGAGCUCUUAACAAUUUGCCUUUUUAUAAAUGGAUUUAUUUAAAUAUUAACGGACUUUUUUGUGCUUUUCCCCCCCACCUCUCUCACUGUUAUUUAUUAAGCUUCUUAGUUUCUCUUUUUAUAACUCUCUCUCCACCCCCACCCCAAAGUCUCACUCGAAUUUUUGAGACUGGUUCCCCUCCCUCUCCCGCCCCGGCCCCGGCCGGCUCUCCGGCACGGCACGGCACGCGCCGGCACGGAGCUCCGAGCCCUUUCCUUGGUGCGAGCCCGGCAGUGCCCGUCCCCGCUCUUGGGCCAAGCAAACCUCAGAUUAGGUGCUAAAACCCCCACCCCAGGGACUCCCCUCCUCCGCUGGCCGCGAGCCCCCCCCGCCUGGCGGGGGGCCGCUGCGCCCCGAGCUUUAAUGAGUUUAAAUACACGGAGCAUAAAGCAGGGACCCCCCUGCCGCCCCGCGGGCCGGUUGUGCCGGCGGCGGUGCCGGCAGGGCCAGGUCGGCGAAGCCGGGUUUUGCCCGGCUCCUCCUCCCCGCGGUGUUUGAAGCCCCCCGUACGCCUGGCCCUGCACGGGGGGCGACGGGGGUCCGCAUCGCCCCGCUUAAAUGAAGGAAACAUAAGUCAGGAAGAUGGCGAGCGUCCAGGUGAUGGCUCCAUCCUGCUGUCUGGGUCCUCCUCCUCCUCCUCCUCCUCUUCCUCGGCACAGGCCAGUAUCUCCAGCCCGCUCUGCUGCAGGGGUUGCUCCCCGCACACUGCCCGCCGGCGGUGGGGACGCCGGACCCCCGACCCGGCCCCCCCUCGCUCCCUCUGCCCCCCAGAGCCUUCGCGGCCGAGUCGCUCCCCCUGGCAUUCCCGGGGGCUCGGUGGGAUCUCCCCGCGGUCCGGCGUCGCUUCUGUUCCCGCAGCGCCCGCCCCGCUCUCGCUCGCACGGAGGAGCCGGGGCAGCGGCACCCCAAAUGCCAGAGCUUUGCCCUCGGUCCCGCCGGCAGCGGGACCCCCGGGUUCCCCCCGAGAUCGGAGGGGUCCGAAAGAGGGGUGGGAGGUUGGGGGUGUCGUCUGCUGCAUCGAGCACCUGUCUGCGGAGCCCCUUCCCCUGGGACGAGCGGCUCCAGGGGUGGAUUGCCGGGAGCCGGCCCAUUUUCAGGGGCGAGACACCGAGGGAAGGGGCUCCCAGCCCCCCUCGGGGUCCGGAGCCGGGGACCCCCAGGGAUGGGGGUCCCCUGGCAAAAGGGAUUGAGCGGGGCCGGGGCGGCAGCCCACAUAACCAAAAAUAAAGCGUGGGCCGGGCGCCGAUCCCUGGCGAGGGCCGUGGCAGAGCCGGCCGCUGCCUCAGUGCUGCUGGCUCCCGCGGCGGCCGGGACCCCCGGCCGCAGCCCCCCGCCCGGGGGGGGCCCGCUCCCCACCCAGGCCCAGGAUGCAUAAAACGCCCCUCAGCAGCAGCCGCUCCCCGGGGCUCUCCUGAGGUUGAAACCAAAGGCUGUUCCUUUUUCUACGGACACAAACACAACCACCUCACGCGGCGGCAACUCCCGUUGCCCCUAUUUCCCAUUUUCUUUUAUUAUAAUUAUUCUUUUUUCUCCUUUCUUGCUUUUCUGUCUGCGUGGGGAGAGGGGACGGCCGGGCCGGGGCUCGGCGCGGGGCUCGGCUCGCCCCUUCCCGCCCGCUGCCACCGAUGACCGGCGCCGGCUGAACGAGCCGGAGCCCCCCGCGCCCCCACAGCGCCGAAACAAACCCAAAAAAGGGGUUUUUACGAACCGAAAUGGAAGCUCUGCAGUUUCUGUCCGCCCUUGGGUUCUGUUUUUUUUCUUCUUCUUUCCGUCUCUUUUCUUUUUCCUGUAAAAGAGUCUAAAACAAAAAUGUAGGAAUUUUGUAAAACUCCAGGUCGCUUUACUCGUGUAAAUAUCUAUAUUUUUUAAUCAGAUGUAUGAAGAACAAACGAUGAUGUGCAAUACCCCGGCCUCCCCCGGGCUCCGGCCCCUCCUUCCUUUCUAACGAGUUUUCAUUUGUAUAUCGUUAAUGGAUUUGCUGUCGUCUUUGUUUUUCCCUUUUUUGUGAGGUUAGACUCGCUUUUGGACAAAAACCACCCCCCGCCGCCCCCC